GCUCAAUUAAGGCCACAGGCACAGAGUCGAGCGGUUCGUAGUGCACGGAGCGGAAUCAUUGCAGCGAGUGAGUGAGUGUCGCUGCAGCAUCAUUCAACAGGAGUGGCGCAUAAGUGAAGGCAAAUGCUUUUGCGCGUGCGCCAAAAACUAAAUGCAAUUAAUUCAUUUACUACAAUUAGUGAUCAGUGACAAUUGAUUUUGAUUUUGAUUUUACUUUGUGCGCACUUUGAUUACCGACUAAAUGGAUUAACUCUUGAGCAACCUAUCAAAUAUAACUUCAAAAAGCGUUAAAUUGUGCGGGUGUGUGUGUGUUUAUGUAUUUCUAACUGCGUCCUUUUAAAAUGGAGCACGCCACCUUCGAUGAUCAAAUCUUUGGUGACUUUAGCGGCGGCCCACUAAGUCCACUGGGCGCCAGUAAACCAUUGCUUCCGACAUCCACGGCAACGGUUACUCACAGCAGCCUGCAUCCCGUGAUGCUGGGCAGUGUCGUUCAUGAGUUGUGCAGUCAGCAACAGCAGCGACUGCCCGAUUGCAACACUAUAUUGCCGAAUGGUGGUGCCGGCGGCGGUGGCUCCGGAUCGCCUAACUAUGUGCAGAAAAUGGACUUUGGCAAUAAGCUGGGCUGCUUCUCGCCCAGCCAGAAAUACGAGUACAUGACAACGCCCCAGAAGCUUGUGGAACAGCAACAGCAAUCCCAGCAACAUCAUCAGCAUUAUGCCGUAACGCCGCCGCCUCCACUCUCGCAUCCCCACAAUCACAAUGGCAUGUUGCACCACAAGCCAAACCAGCAACAGCAACAGCAACAACAACAGCAACAGCAGCAGCAACUGGUGGGCAUUAUGAGCGACUAUCAUGCACUGAAUGGCAAGUUAGACUACUCCCCGAAGGACCCGUACGAGCCUCAGCCGCAGCAUGUUCAGCUGCAACACCAGCAGCAUCUAUACGGCGGCAGUCCGCAUCAUAAUCAUGCGCAUGGCCACGGCCACAGCCAUGAGGAUGCCAGCAAUGGCAACGGUAACGGAUUGCUGGAAGCAACACCGCUGCUGCUCAGCAACACGGCAAAUGGCAAGCAUAAGAAACCAGAGGAUAUGUGCGUCCAACUGGAGAAUGGGUCGUCCACGCCGAAUGGCAUCAGCAAUGGAAAUCCCACCAGCAACGGCAGCAGUGCCAGCAGCAACAAUAACAACAGCAAUAAUAAUAGUAGCAACAGUUCCGUCGGUCCUGCCACGAGUGGAGCAGGAGCGACGGGCACAGCUGCUGGUGGCGUUGUCGCUGUUCCAGCCGCCAAAAAAGACAACAACAAGAAGAAGGGCGAUCCCAACGGCAUAAAAAAAAAGAAAACGAGAACCACAUUUACGGCUUAUCAACUUGAAGAACUGGAGCGUGCCUUUGAGCGUGCUCCGUAUCCGGAUGUGUUUGCUCGCGAGGAGCUGGCCAUCAAAUUGAAUUUGAGCGAGUCCCGAGUGCAGGUAUGGUUUCAGAACCGACGGGCCAAAUGGCGCAAGCAUGAGCCGCCACGGAAGACUGGUUACAUCAAGACGAACACACCGCCGACGGCUGCGCUGAAUAGCUCAUUGGCUCCGCCUUUCGCCAGUUUCCCGCAGACGACAACAGUCACGCCGCCGGGCAGCAUGGACAGCUGGACGAGCUAUCAGACACCCUACGAGCUGAGCCCACAAUUUAGCCUGCUCUCCCCGGCGGCGAGUCCCUAUGGAACCUAUUCCGGCCAGUACGGCACCUAUGUCCACGAGAGCCAGCUCUUUCCCAUGCGGCACUUUGACUACGGCAGCCCGCCGCGCAUCGAGAUGAACGGCACCGGCGGGGGCGGGACAGCAAGCGGCAAUCCUGAGGCUGGAGAUGGCUACCAGGCGACAGAUCUGCAACAGCAGCAACAACAACAGCAGCACCUUGACGGCAGCACCAGCACCCAGCUGAUUACAGUGCACCAGCAGUUGAAUGGAAAGUAUCUCAGUGCCGAGGAGGCUAAAUAUGUCCAGGUGCAGUGCCAGCCGCCCACGGGACUGGAGGAGAACACACCUACCUGCCACAUGGAUGGGCAUCACUAUGUGGCCACGGGGACAGCUGCAUCCGGCAGUGAUGACAAUGACAGUGCUUUGCAUACUGUGAUCAAGAGCGAGGAGGCGGGCGUCAGUGUUCAGCAGCAACAGCAGCAACAGCAACAGCAGCAGCAACAACAGCAACAGGCGCAAAGUUAUGUCCUGCCGCCUUUUUUGAACUAAGAGAAAUGCUCACACAUCGACGUCAGCAGCGACGCUUCGUCCCUGCCUCUGCCACUGUCUCUGUACUCGCAUCAGCACGCUUCAAACGGCCAUUUUGAUUUCAUUCAAUUUCAAUCAAAUCCACGCUGCCCAAAAUCUGUUGCAU